UUGCGCUCUUUGGGUAUCGCUGGACUUUACUUGAUAUUUUGAAAAUUUCGUCGCCUUUUUCAAAUCUAUUCCAACAGAUAAAAAGCUAAUUUGACCAACAAACUCCAUCAGUUGUGUAUUUGCAGCCUGUCUGAGAUGCUCCGGGGCUUGGAAACGCGCUGAAGUCAGCUGAGCGUCUCCAACUUCAGCUGCGCACUCGCUGACAAUUGCUCUUCAGUAACAACUGUUUGACUAUUGGAUGGAGCACAAGAAGUGCCAAAUCUAGGGGGUGGGACUAUGUAUUUCUGAGGUAGGGGUUUUUAUUAUUUAGCCCAAUUGAAAUGCCAUUUUUGGUGCCAUUUUGGAGCUAUUACCUUUAUAAGGCCUAAAAAUUCGUUUUUUAAGUGUUGGAUGGCUAAUAUAGGUUUUAAAAAUGGUUUUGUACCAUUUGAUCACCCCCACAUAUUCAACAUACAUGGACGUGUCCUUUUUGCAGGGAUUGCUGGGAAGAAGAAGGAGGGUGUCGAGGUUGAGACUUUGGAAAGGCAGUGUUAGGCAGAUCCAGUCUGAAAAGCUCAUUGUCACCAUGACGGACGAGGAGAUCCUUGAAGACCGCACCAAGCUGAAGCAGGGCCUGGUCAAAGUGCUCCAGUGCGUGGCCACCAUCUCCUCCGCGGCGGCCGUGGUCAACCCCAUAUUCGGCGUGGCCGGCUCCCUGAUCAGGGUGGUGCUGCACCACGUCGACGACGAAGACAUCCGCACCCUGAAGCGCGAGUUCGGCUCGGUCAACCAGAAGCUGGACGAGCUCUCGCGGCAGAACCGCAUGACGCUGGCGCAGGUGGAGAGGGAGACGCUGGAUGGCCAGUACUGCCAGGUGGAGGAGAACCUGAAGAACCAGUUCAGGAAGUUCAUGGCCAUGGUGGAGGCGCGGCCAGAGCACCGCGAGGGCAAGAAGGACGACUUCGAGGAGGCCUACGCCAACGACCUGGGUGACCAGAACCUGCACACGCUGUACGACGGCGUGGUGGGCAAACGGAAGCUCUUCAGCCGGCCCAUCCUGGAGGUCUACCUGAAGCACUCGCAGGGCGACCGCCGCACCAUGGAGCGCCUCUGCACGCGCCUCACCUACCUGUUCUGCAUCGGCCUCAUCGCCCUCAUGGGCUACGCCGCCGUCAUCGGGGACGACGAGGAGGGCCUGGGCGAGGAGUGGGCCGAGAAGAUGGAGCACGUCCAGGCGAGGAUGCAGGAGGCGCUGCGCAAGUGCCAAUGAGGAGGAGGAGGAGGAGGAGGAAGAGGAAGAGGUUUUAUCAUAUUCCCGCUUUAACUCCACCUCUCUUGUCCUCAGAAUCUCCUUUUUUACCGCGUGAACAUGAAGGCAGCACGGCCCAGACAUCCUGACCGAUCGGUUUCAUGUCACAGCCGAUUAAAAGCUGCACAUUGACGCGGUAAUAAAAUAAAAACACUAAAUUUAGGUUUAAUUUAUUAAAGAAGCACUAAGACACAAAGUUUAUCUUCUGGUCCGGUCAAAUUCCGUAAAUGGCCAAUAAAAAAAAAAAAAAAGAAACACUAAUUAGACAGAUUGCACCUGAUUUAAAUCUUCUUCGCUUUUGAGCAUCAGUGUAAAAUAUCUAUAAAUAUAUAUAUAUAUAAAUAUCAGCUUGUUUAUCAUAAAACUGCUUUAAAAGCUGGAUUAAAAUGAAAUAUCUGCCAGUUAGAAACACAUUUUCCUUCGUUAUGUAAAGAUAUUUCCUCAGAUUGUUUCUGAUGAAGCUUCAGUAUAAAGUCGCUUUAGUCCAGCUUCAGGAUAUAAAAUCACAUUUAUGCACUUUGUGAAAUAUUGGCCUUGUACUGGGGAGCGUUGGGGAGCGUGAAAGUUAGCCGUUAGCUGACGGACGAGCGUCUGAAAGUUUGCAGGAUGAUGAAUGUAAAAGACGCUGGGAGGGUUUAGUUAGGGUUACCUAAAGUCUGCAGCUUUUUAUGAACAUAGGAGCGGCGCCAAGCGUCAGACGUCCAACAUGUGAAAAAGAAAUAAUCAGACAUUUUGAACCUCUGUCUGUCACUUAAUCAUUAGUUUAGAUUCUUUUUUUUUUAGUUAUUUUCAUCUCCAAUCUUCUCAUUCUGUCUGUUUUUUUACCCCGAGUGCCUGAAUGUUCCAGCACCCGCUGUUAUUUUAUUUUUAUAUAUUUUUAUAUGGUUUCGGAGGGGGAGGGGAGAGAGUCAUAAUCGUUAAUAUUUCAGUGUUUGUUUGUUUUUCUCCACACUACAGUCCAGCUUUGUUGUAAACUGGUAUCAAAUAUCCCCAGACGGGUUUGUUUCCUGGUAAAGAA